GGGACGCCUCUGCGUGGAUCUGCAGCUCAGCCGCUGGAUCCUCGUCGAGAUGUUGCUUCAUGUGGCGAGAAAUGAGAAAUAAACACGUCCACCGGCUGAGUGACGGCAGAUUUAUGCGCCCACAGAAAUGAAAAGAGGAUUCAUUAUGGAUGCAUGUGUCCCAGAACUAAUUAUUAAAUCUUGGUAAUAAGAUUAUAUAUUUUUAAGCCCUCUCCCUCCUCGACUCGCGUGUUUUUUUUCUUUCCCUCCUCUCUCUCCCUCCUGCAGAUGUUGCCUCUCUGAGCACCUUAUCAGGACCAUUUACCUUUGCGGCUGUCUGCAGCCACAGCUCGUCACACAGUCACGCUGGCGUGGAGGGGGGACAGCGGAGGCAGAUCAUUCUGCUGAUCCCAGCACCUUUGGUUAUUAAGGGAAGCACCAGCACCUCCUUGAUCGCUUCCCUCCUCCUUUUUUUUUGCCAAUCGCCAUCCCACGACAGCCUACCCGGAGGAAAGGAGUCGGGGAGGGGAAAGCGAGGACACACCCGCACAUACUGUACCGGGUGUACACGGCGAGGAUGCUGCAGACAACAUGAGGUGAAUAUCAUCGACUGCCCCACAUUGGAAUUUUUUUUUUUGUUUUUACUGAAGACACAAGAGCUGAUUGUCGCAGCUGGUUAUUCACCUCUGUGGUACCAGUGUCCAGCAGGAGCAUCACAUCAGAUAUGAAAAAGAUGUCUGCAGUCCGAUCCUAGGUGACAUCCUGUGGCCGUCAGGUCUUUACGGUGUUGAGCCCCCUCCCUCUCCUGGCCCCUGCCUGCAGUUCUCCAGGCUGCAGGACCCAGACUCACUGAAAAGUGCAGGCCUCCUCCCCCUGCAGAAUGACUGUUGCCACAGGCGACCCCUCUGACGAGGCGGCUGCGCACCCGGGGCACCCGCAGGACUACGACCCGGAGGCCGACCAUGAGUGUUGCGAGAGGGUGGUCAUCAACAUCUCAGGGCUGCGCUUUGAGACUCAACUCAAAACCCUCUCCCAGUUCCCGGAGACUCUGCUGGGGGACCCCAAAAAGAGGAUGCGCUACUUUGACCCGCUGAGGAAUGAGUACUUUUUUGACAGGAACAGACCCAGCUUUGACGCCAUAUUGUAUUAUUACCAAUCAGGGGGUCGGCUAAGAAGGCCGGUCAACGUCACCCUUGAUAUUUUCUCAGAGGAGAUCCGCUUCUAUGAGCUGGGCGACGAGGCCAUCGAGAUAUUCAGAGAAGACGAGGGUUUCAUCAAGGAGGAGGAGCGACCUCUACCUGACAAUGAGUUUCAGAGACAGGUGUGGCUGCUGUUCGAGUACCCCGAGAGCUCAGGUCCUGCUAGGAUUAUCGCCAUAAUCUCUGUCAUGGUCAUUCUGAUAUCUAUUGUCAGUUUCUGCUUGGAGACCCUCCCCAUUUUCCGCAAUGACGAAGACGAUAUGCACAAGUCUCACUCGAAAGUCUAUUCACCUGAGACCAACACCACAAUCAUCAGCUAUACAUCCACCUACUUCACCGACCCCUUCUUUAUCCUGGAGACUCUCUGCAUUAUAUGGUUCUCCUUUGAGUUUCUAGUGCGCUUCUUCGCCUGCCCCAGCAAAGCAGGCUUUUUUGGUAAUAUAAUGAACAUUAUUGAUAUUGUUGCUAUUAUCCCCUACUUCAUCACGCUCGGCACAGAGCUCGCAGACAGGCCAGAGGAUGGUCAAGCGGGUCAGCAAGCCAUGUCCUUAGCCAUUCUCAGGGUCAUCCGCUUAGUACGAGUCUUCAGAAUUUUCAAGCUCUCACGUCACUCCAAGGGGCUUCAGAUUUUGGGUCAAACCCUGAAAGCCAGUAUGAGAGAGCUCGGCCUGCUCAUUUUCUUCCUCUUCAUAGGAGUCAUCCUCUUCUCAAGCGCCGUCUACUUUGCCGAAGCAGACGAGCCCGAGUCGCAGUUUGAAAGCAUCCCAGAUGCAUUUUGGUGGGCGGUGGUGUCCAUGACGACAGUCGGCUACGGUGAUAUGGUCCCGACUACAAUUGGUGGCAAGAUUGUGGGUUCCCUCUGUGCCAUCGCAGGUGUGCUGACCAUCGCCCUGCCCGUGCCUGUCAUUGUGUCCAACUUCAACUACUUCUACCACCGUGAGACUGAAGGGGAGGAGCAGGCGCAGUACCUGCAGGUGAACGUGCCCAAAGCUGAUUCAGCCGAGGAGCUGAAGAAGAGCCGGAGCGGCUCCACCAUCAGUAAAUCGGACUAUAUGGAGAUCCAGGAGGCUGUGAACAACAGCAACGAGGACUUUCAGGAGGAGAACCUUAAGACGGCCAACUGCACGCUGGCCAACACAAACUAUGUAAACAUCACCAAAAUGCUCACAGACGUGUAGUCGUCUGCUGCUUUCCUCCCUGUCACAGCGGGAAAUGUGGAGCCGAGCAACCGGACGGGACAGGUGUACGGCCUCCCACCUCACGUGUGCUGGAAAAAUCAAGGCAAUAGAAUUCAGGAUGUUGAUGAUGAUAGACAGUGAACAAGAAAAAGAAAAAAAUUACAAAGACCAUCCGCUCACUCCUCGCUCAUCCUGUCUUCACCCCUCACAACUUGCCCUUAAAACUCCUGAAAAACUGUCAGAGUGGAAUUUAAAAUUUUGCAUUUCUGCAUGGAGUUGGCUUUUAUGUGUGUGUGUGGCUGUUUCAAAAAAAAAAAAAAAAAAGAAUAAUGAUGCCUAAAAAAUUUCCCGCUCACAACAGUAGCCAACAGUAGUGCACAAAAAGAAAAAGGGAGAAACACAGCAAGAAAAAAAAAAACGAAGUAUUGCUUUUGAAAAGAAAAAAGAAAAAGCAACACAACACAAUCCCUGCUUUAGUCCCCCCGUCCCCUCAUUUCCCAAGGCACACUGCUCUGCCAUGCGCUUUCUGAAGAGCCCUACUCGCGCGCUACAUAUGCUACUUCCUGGAGCCAGUGAAACAAAACUGUCUUAUGCUACACCAUUUAGAAAUAAGAGGAUGUGUGAGCAUAAAGCGAGCCCACUCCAGCGCUGAUAUGGCCCGUGGGUGACUUGUGACGAGGUUGGUGGUUAAGUACACCACGUUAUUUCAAGGGAUGAAUGACAGCCAUCGGCGCUUAGCUUAUGGUUCGACACCUUUUUUUCCCAGCAGACAUCAGUAUCUGAUGAAUGACUGAGAAUGGCCUUGACUUUUCACUGCUUUGGUCUUACAUGUACUGUAUGUAUUGCAAUGCAAGCUUUCCCCCGUCCAUUCACCCAAAACUGGUCUUACUGCAGAGCUUUGAGGACAACUUGAAUGUUUCUUCUUGUUUUGUUUGUUUUUCACAGUUUCACACACAAACACGGUACUUAUUCAAAUAGAUAGGUAGGUUAACUGUGAUUUUACUGAUAGCCUGUAGGUAGGUAGGUGCUGUUAGUAGUAAACAUAGUAGAUAAAUUGCAUGACAUUUUUAUCUGAAUGAGAAUUUCCACUUGUUUCUCGACUGCCACUUGCUUCAUCACACCACUGUAUAUUUGUCUGUACACUGCCUUCUAUACAAAUCCACACUUUUAAAAGGAUGCCUGCAGGUAGCUGUUACAAGAACCUAAAGCUGUAUGUUAGGGCAUUUCUUAAGGAAAAACUAUAAGGCCAAAUCCUACACUUAAACAGGAUGCGGUGUCCUCGUCGAUAUUAACAUUCCAUGUAGAAGUCAUUGCGAUAAAACGUUUGCCAGGUCGCUGUAAACAGCUGAGCUGUGAUUUCAGGCGCACUCUACUUUUGGACAUUAAUCCCAGUUGCAGAUGUGAUACACUUGCAGCGCUGUCUUUUUCACGGGUUGUCCCAUGAUUACGCCUUCAUGAUCAAAAUAGCAACUUAAGGAUUCAUGUAUAGAAUAACGCUUCCCCCUCGAACUGCCUUUUUAUCUGGGUUUACGCUAAUCUCCUAGUGUUGCAUGACCUCAAAAACAUUCCUAGAAGCAUGCAUUUAAGAUAAAAGAAGAAGCCAGACAAAAAGAAUUAUUACAAUAGAUAUAUUUAUUUCUUAUAUAUUAAUAUAUAUAUAUAUAUAUAUAAAUAUAUGUAUACAGACAGGACACAUAUACAGUACACAUAUACUUUUAUCAGAGAAUUAAAGAACUUAAAAUAGCGAUGUUUAAGAGAAAGCGAGAGCCUUUCCACAAUGCGCAGAUCAUUGCCAUGUUUUUAUUUUUAAUGAUAAUUGCUCUAAGCACAGUUUCUAUGUUCUCCUGUUUCAGAGCCCGCUGAGAGUGCCAAAGACACACUCUUACUGGCCACCUAAAAAGCAUUUUAUUUACUAGUGAGUUUCCCAGCAAACCUGACACACGUUUAGAUCCAAAAAGUUUGCUUCUCUCAGUAUAAAGAUGCCUUCUGUGAACGAUAGUUUGAAAGGCAGGGGCGUUGUUUCGAAACUGUGUCAUCCCCAACCAGAGUCUCUUAUCAGACAGAUUUUUAUUGGCGUUGAAUUGGUCAGAAUUUAAAUGGAGUCUGGCCAUCCUCUGAGAAGUCUUUGAUGCCAGAAGCUCAAUCUGUCUUUUAAAAGUUGGCAUCAAAUGUGAAUUAGGUUCUGAUUCUAGGAUUGUGUCCAGCUGAGAUUUAUCCACCGUCCGCUCAACACUGCCAAGGUAACAGUCAAAGGCAGUAACGUCAAUAUGGGAAGUGAUAAUUAGCAGCAGUGUAGCAGAUACUGGCUAACCUAGGGGUCCUCUGACUUCUCUCCUGAGGCUCUUACCUUUCUUUGUCUCUUCACGGAUGUCUUAGGUAAUUAGAGAGGUGAUGGAUUAGGAGAAGGUCCGUAGCAAGAAACUGUCGAAAUGAAUUCUGUCAUGCCAGGAUGUACAUCUUUAUUCUUAGGGUUUCAUUCUGCUCACUACAGUCUUUAACCUGCAGUAGCAAGAUGUUUUUACGCCAUCGCUGCCAACGUGUGCUCAGGAUGCCUCGUCCAACUGCCUGACAUGAGGCUUCUGAAGUCUUCUCUCUGUCCAGACCUGUGUAUGCUUUCACGUACCCUGAAAGGGUUUUUAGAGAAUUUCAGUAAAUUAACAGGAGCAGUUUAUAUGCGUUGCUUUCCCAGGAGUAGCAUGAAGGUGGAUCUAGAUGUUAAAAUGGUCUGUAACUGGAGGUAGGACCUGAUUAAAUAGUUGUUUAGCAAUAUUACCAUAAUCCUUUGGAGGAGGGGUCAUCUGUGUGUGGAAGGCAUAGAUGCUUUUUUUUUUUUUUUUUUUUUUUAAAGAAAGAAUGAACCUUAAGACCUCCACAGUCCAACCAAGAUCUUAUUGAUCAUCAGUUGAGUAUUGUUGUGGGUGUGUUGAUGCGCAGCUAUGUAGGAGUUGUCUGUGCAUGUGUGUGUGUGUGUGUGUGUGUGAGAGAGAGAGAAAGAGAGAGUGUGUGUGUGAGAGAGAGAAAGAGAGAGAACCACUGAAUGUCAGUGUCUUAGCCUGGUUGUACAGCUGCAUUUAUGCAACAGCCAUUUGCAUAUAUCUGUAUAUGUGAAAAGAGAAACACUCACAGUCUGACCAAAAAUAUUUGUCUAUGCAUGCAGAUGCAUUGUAUCCUAUUGUCUUCAUUGCAUUUUUUUGGACAUAUAUUUAUGAUAAAUGUUGCAGAUACAUUCAACAUUUAUCUGUUGUGUUGGAAAUUGGGCACGUCACUGUACCUCAGCCAAAUUCACUGUAGCAACUCAUACACUGGAGUUCAAUGCAAGAUGCAGCCCAAUCGCCAGAAUGAGUCAGAAUUGUAUGUUUCUGCGGAUCACAGAUACGCAACAUUUGUACGUUAUGAUGUAGUGGAUAUGAUAAGAGUUAAGGGGUUUUUUUAUGUGUCAACAGCACUGUAGUUAAUGUGGUUAUGUUUAGACACAAAAAACGCUUGGUGAUGGUUAGGUAAAGAUCAUGUAUGGCUUAAAACACCCAGUUAUAGUGGCACAAUUGCAGCUUGAAAUGCGCCAGUGUCUUACUAAAAAACACCAGGUUUUCUUGGCCCUGUUGAUGCUAAAAAUGCAGCAUGUCUUACCAAAACAUGCCUGGUUUUAGUGGCACACUAGUCGCUGAAAAUGUGCCAGUGUCUCCCCAAAUAACACUUGGUUUGGGUGGCACAGUUGCAGGUAGAAAUGCCAUCAAUGUCUCAGUAAAAAAUACAUGAUUUUGAUGGCACCAUUCUGGCUGAAAAUGCCCAAAUGUCUCGCUCAAAAACACCCUGGUUUUGUUGUUUGCUGGUCUUGAACAGUGGUUUGCAGAGGUCUGCAGAUUGGCAGCUGUCUCGCUUAUAUUGUACGUUUCUGCAGACCACAUAUAUCUAACAUUUAUUCAUUAUGAUGUAGUGGAUAAACCAAAAGUUAAGGGUUUUAAAUGAGUGGUUAUGUUUAGGCACAAAACCCAUUUGGUGAUGGUUAGGAAAAGAUCAUGUUUGGCUUUAAAACACCCCGUUUUGGUGGCACAAUCACGGCUGGAAAUGGUGCUGAUGUCUCACUAAAAAGCACCCAGUUUUGGCGGUGCUGUUGUGGCUGAAAAUGUGCUAAUGUCUUGCCCCAUAACACCCAGUUUUGGUGGCACAAUCAUGGUUGGAAAUGCUGCUGAUGUCUCACUAAAAAACACUAGACUUUGGUUGCCCAAUUGUGGCUGAAUAUGUGCCAUGUCUCACUAAAAAAACACCUGGUUUUCGUGGCAUAGUCGUGGCUUAAAAUGCAUAAUGUCUCGCCGAAUAACACCUGGUGUGGGUGGCAAAAUUGUAGCUGAAAAUGUGCCGAUGUCUUGCUAAAAAACACCUGGAUUUGGUGGUACAAUCAAUAUACCUGAUUUUUUGUGGCACAGUUGUGGCUGAAAAUGCGCUGAUGUCUCACCAAAUAACACCUGGUUUUGGUGACACAAUGGCAGCUGGAAAUGGCACCAAUGUCUUGCUAAAAAACAUCCAGUUUUGGUGGCACAAUUGUGGCUGAAAAUGCGCCAGUGUCCCACUAAAAGACACCCGUUUUUGUUUCUUGUUGGUCUUGAACAGUGGUCUGCAGCAGUCUGCAUCUUGACAGCUGUCUCGCUUAUAUUUUACGCCCUCCUCCAUUCCCUCCACCUCCUGAUGAUAAAGUCAACUCCUAUACUACGUCACUUGAGAAACACCGAUAUGAUACAUUUGAAACAGACAAAUGUAACAUAUUUGUGGUUUGCAGAAACGCACAAUGCCAUCAUUUCCUUCUGGCAACUGGGCUGCAAGGUGUCGGAAUAUCAACAGUUAUUUCAGCUUAAAGCACAAAGACGAGAAGAAUCAUCCUCAUCUGUAAACCUGCAGAUUUAAUCUGUAAAAUGUUUUUAUUCAGUGGAAACAAAGUCAAUGAAAAUAAUGUAUUGCUUUAUAGGGUGCACCACAGCCUCUAAAAAAACUUUAAAAAGAAAAAAAAAAGUCAUCUCUCACCCGCUGAGGGACCCACCAGCAAAUCCACUCCAUGAGAAGGGUGCCCAACAGUGACUACACUGAGAAAUCUAUGCAGAGAAUGGUUAUUAGCUGGUAGUUGAGAAGGUUUAAGUACAGAUAUUAUUUUUCAUUUUUUAUCCGGCACCAAUCGCACGUCGAUCCUGAGAGCUGACAGCUCAUCUGAAACGAACCUAUCAGGCAGAAGAGAAACACUUUGCAAUAUUCUGCUGCUGUACGUCAAACACUCACACGUUGGCUGAAUGUGAAUAUGAUCUUUCUGAACUUUUGUUUGUUUGAGCUGCGACGUCAGCUCUUUGAGAGACAAGGCUCCGACACAACAAAAACAA